AUGCCUAUUAGAGACUUUGUGAAGGGCCCCUUGUCUCACACACCUGGAUCUCAGUCACAACGACCUCCAGGACUCAAGGCGCUAGAGGCGCUCAGGUUGUCUGGAUGUCUGGUCUCAGAGAGGGGCGGGGCUUCUCUGGCCUCAGCUCUGAGCUCCACCUCCUCCCAUCUCAGAGAGUUAGACCUGAGCUACAACCAUCCCGGACCCUCAGCUGAGGUCCUGGCCUCUCUACGGGAUGACCCCCACUGCCCCCUGCAGUCUCUCAGGUUGGAUUCUGCUGGAGAACAGUGGAUGGUCCCAGGUCUGAGGAAGUAUUCCUGUGAGUUUUCUCUGGAUCCAAACACAGCUCACAGAAAACUCAAACUGUCUGAGGACAAACGGACAGUGACCUGUGUGAGAGAGGAGCAGCAGUAUCCAGAUCAUGAGGACAGAUUUACAGGCUACUAUCAGGUCCUGAGCUCCACUGGCCUGAGGGGGCGCUGUUACUGGGAGGUGCAGUGGAGUGGAGUGGUGGUUGAUAUAUCAGUGAGUUACAGAGGAAUCAGACGGAGAGGAGAGAGAGAGGAGUGUUGGUUUGGAGGCAAUGAUCAGUCCUGGAGGCUGAGGAUCUUUAGUGAACGUUACUAUUUCUAUCACAACAACAGACACACAGACCUCCCCUCCUCCUCCCCCUGUUUCUCAAGACGAGUGUCUGUGUUCCUGGACUCUGAGGCUGGAUCUCUGUCCUUCUAUGAGGUCCGCUCUGAUGGAGAACUAUUCCACCUCCACACCUUCAGCUCCUCCUUCACUGAGCCUCUAUUUUCUGGGUUUGGGGUGUGGAGGGAAGGUGACUCUGUGUCUGUGGUGGAUCUGAGGAGAGACUUCUCUGACUCAUUCAUGAUAUGAAAAAGCAGCUUUUCUUCAUUCUUCUGCACAUAGAGAAAAUUGACUGGGGCAAGUCAUGUGUUUCAAAUCUGAUGUAAAAACAUUUUCUCCUCUUUUAGCCUCACACCUGUGAUUCUUCAAAACUGAGAGGAAUUAAAGUAGUGAGUCAAUAACAGGAGACAAGUAA